AUGCCAACUCUGUACAACACUCAGCUCUCAGAGGAGGAAGUGAUGCGUGAGACUCUCCGCUGUGUCUCUCUCUGUGAUCCUGGAGUCCAUGCUUUCCUCCUGGUCAUUCCUGAGGGCUUCCUCACUGAUGAGGACAAAGGAGAAAUGCAGAAGAUUCAGACAAUAUUCGGCUCAAGAGUCAAUGAUUACACCAUGGUCCUGAUAAAUCAGAAACCUGGACAGGAAGUGACAGAAUUAGAUGAAUCAACUCAGACAAUCAUCAGAUCCUGCAGAGGAGGACAUCAGUUCUUAGGUUCCAGUUCACAGGUGUCAGAGUUACUGAGGAGUGUUGACAAACUGGUGGAACAGAAUGGAGGAAGUCAUUACACAACAGUCAUGUACCUGUAUGCUCUGGUGGAAACACAAUUAAAUAAAUACCAGACUGAAAUUACACAGCUAAAGAAAUACCAGCCUGGAGUUAAAAAAAAGAUGAAGAAGGUCAGAGAAUUGGAGGAAAAGUAUGAGAUCCCAGAUUUGAGAGAGAGAUCAGACAGGAGAUCCCCCAGUCUGAGAAUAGUGCUGUUGGGGAAAACUGGUGUUGGGAAGAGUGCCACAGGAAGCACCAUCCUGGGGAAAAAAGGUGUUUUUAAAAAAGAUGUGUCUUAUAUGUCAGUGACUAGAGAGUGUCAGAGAGAGACAGCAGAAGUCAAUGGAAGACUGAUAACAGUGAUUGACACACCAGGACUGUUUGAUACAGGGAUUGACAAUGAGAAGAUGAAAAAAGAGAUCAGUAAAUGCAUUGCCAUGGCAACACCAGGACCACACGUGUUUCUAUUGGUGUUACCCGUGGGGCGGCUCACACCAGAAGAAAAAAAGGCAGUUGAGAUGAUUGAAGAAACUUUUGGAGAUAAAUCCAAAACUUACACUAUGGUCCUGUUCACUAAAGGAGAUCAGCUAGAGCAGAAAACCAUAGAACAGUAUAUAGGAGACACUGGAACUGACUUAAGGAAACUGAUUGAUCAGUGUGGUAGCAGAUAUCAUGUGUUUAACAACACAGACUCCAGUAACCAAACUCAGGUUGUAGAACUCCUGAAGAAGAUAGACACCAUGGUGUCAGUGAAUGGAGGGAGCUACUACACUAAUGAGAUGUUCAGACAGGUAGAAGAAGCUCUCUACGAGGAAAAGGAGAGAAUACUGAGAGAGAGAGUGGAGGAGAUAGAGAGAGAGAAAGAAGAACUGAAGGCCAAAUGUGAGGCAGAAAUAGAGAGAAUGAAAAAGACAUUGGAAGAGGAGAGAGAGAGACAGAGUGAAGAGAGGAAAAGAAGGGAGGAGGAAUUUCGAGAGAGAGAACAGAGACUGAAGAAAGAGAUGGAAGGAAGAGAGAAAGAUUAUGAAAGAAGAAAAGAGGAGGAUGAGAAAAGGAUGAAAGAGUGGGAGGUGAAAAUAUAUAAGGAUGUGGAGAGACAGAAAGAAGAGUGGGAGAAACAGAGACAAGAGGAGCAGUUAAGGAGAAAACAGGAGGACCGACGAAGGAUGGAGAGAGAGGAGAAAGAAAGGAGA